AUGGACACGCCGACGGUGCAGGAUCCUCCAGCUCACGCCAUCGAGCAAGAGCUGCUGGACAAGACUGCCGAUUUGACCGUCCAGGAGCACGUCGUGCCGCCUGCCGACACGCCUCCGCACCGCAGCCAUGAUCCUGAUUACAACCAGAAGCGCAGCGACCCCUUCCAGUUUGGGUCCCGGUACCUGCAGCAGGAGGACGAUGUCUUCGAGUUCAAUGCCUGGGAUCAUGUGGAGACUGACGACACGUACAAGGAGUACGCCGAGCAGCAGUAUGAGAUGCAGCGGCAGUCGCCAGUCUCCGACUUUGACAAGAAUAGGUUCAAUUCGGAUCCAGCCAAAUGGUGGAACCUAUUCUACAAGAAUAACACGGCCAACUUCUUCAAGAACCGCAAGUGGCUUCAGCAGGAGUUCCCUGUACUCGGUAAGGUCACGCAAGAAGAUGCUGGUCCCGUAACUCUUCUCGAAGUGGGCGCCGGUGCUGGAAACACUGCUUUCCCCAUCCUGGCAAACAAUAAGAACCCUAGACUAAAAGUCCAUGCCUGUGACUUUUCGAAAAAGGCCGUGGAAGUGAUGCGUGCCCAUGAGGAGUACAACACAGACUACAUGCAAGCUGAUGUUUGGGAUGCUGCUGGUGAAGAGCUUCCUCCAGGUCUGGAGGAAGGCUCGGUCGAUGUGGUCAUCAUGAUAUUCAUCUUCUCCGCCUUGAACCCACGCCAGUGGAAAAAGGCAGUCGAGAAUGCCCACUGCCUCCUGAAGCCAGGUGGCGAGGUAUGCUUCCGUGACUAUGGAAGAGGCGAUCUUGCACAGGUCCGGUUCAAGAAGGGCCGCUACCUGGAAGAAAACUUCUACAUCCGUGGUGACGGAACCAGAGUGUAUUUCUUUGAACAGGAUGAGCUUGCCGACAUUUGGUCUGGCAAGGCAUUCCUAGCAGAUGCAGAAGCCAAUGCCAAUGCCGAGGAAGAAAAUGCCACGGCUGAUGCCACAGCACCGUUUACGGCGGUCUUUGAAAUAGAAGAUCUUGGCGUAGACCGAAGAUUACUCGUCAAUAGAGCCAAGAAGCUCAAAAUGUAUCGUUGCUGGAUGCAAGGUCGAUUUAGAAAGAAAUAG